ACCUAGCCAUCACUCCCCGGUCAUCUCUACCAGCUCUGCAUUUGUCUCUCCAUCGACUGGGAGAAUAUUUCCUGCUUCAGUAGCUAUGACAGAUAAAUAUGAAACUUCCGAACGAUCCAUAGCCAGGCGGCUACCUUUUCCCUUUGGAAAGCACCCGCUGUGGGUGGAUGGCACGACUCGAGUUGCGGAGGAGAGAGAGGACGACCCGCAAGUUUGGCGACAGGAAGUAAUCAGCAUAUUUGACUCAAACGGAUUUGACUUCCAGGUGUUUCUCGUGGCUGCCUCUGGAUUUCUCACGGACUCUUAUGCUCUUUUCUCAACCAACGUUAUCCUGCCCCUUCUCGGCUUCCUCUACUGGCCAACCCCCACAGAUCGCAUGCCCGAACUUUGGAUUAACGUCUCAACUCUCGCGGGCUCUGCAGUGGGUCAACUUCUCUUCGGCUGGCUGACCGAUCGACUUGGUCGACGGAAGCUGUAUGGCCUCGAGCUGGUGCUGGUCAUUUUCGCGACGCUGGGAAUAGCUCAGGCGUCGGGCGGCGAGCAUCACAGCAUGAGCAUACUCAGUUGGAUCGUCUUCUAUCGGUUCUUUCUGGGAUUAGGGAUUGGAGCCGAGUACCGAUUGAGCGCGGUGAUUACGGCGGAGUUCAGCAGCAGCAGGUACCGAGCCAAGAUGAUGGCCGCUGUGUUCUUGAUGCAGCCCUUGGGCCAGAUCCUCGCAGCGGCCGUUGGCUGGGGAGUCUUGUCUGGUCUGAUGCAUUCUCGAGGCUUGGUCGAUCUACCUGAUCACGGCUCGCAGUUCCAGAGUUUAUCGAUUCACGAGCAGCAAAGGAUCCUGUCUACUCUUGACAGUGUUUGGCGCUGGGUCGUCGGGGUAGGUUGCAUCCCCACUCUACUUGCAAUAAUCUGGCGCUUUUCGAUCCCAGAAUCCCCACGAUAUACGAUGGACGUCAAUCAUGAUCCUUUACAAGCUUUGGCAGCUACCAGGCGUCAGUUCCAGCACCAGCUACAUGCGGUUGAGGAUGGGGAGAACGCUCAACAGAACAAUGGGGGUGGUGCCUUUCUCUCUCGACGAGCACUCAUAUCCAGACCACUCCCCGAAACGGACAAUCCGCCAGAGUUGUGGGAUUACCUCUUCAACCAGGGGAACAUCAGGUACCUCUUGGCGACGGCAAUAUGUUGGUUUUUACUGGACUUCUGCUUUUACGCCCUCGGUAUCAACAGUCCACGCCCGCUGGCUGCUCUUUGGGAUGACAGCCUCCCGACUAUUCCCAACACUACCGUUUUGCCGAUAGCAUCCGCUACAGUUACUAUUCCCAUCACAUAUGUCGCGACUGUGGAUGGUAGUCUGUACACGAUGGUCACCUCUCUCGCUGCAGGCGUUCCGCCACCAACAGCCACUGUAACCAGUUACAUUGCGGCUAGUAACCCCAGCCUGCGUGUCCCCGACUUUGAGAACAUCUGGGAUCCGCAGUUAACCAUGUUUAACCAAAUAUCCCACAACGCACAGCAAUACAUUGAGACUAUUUCUAUCAGCUCCCUGGCUGGUAGUGGGCUACUCAUCUUUUUGAUUGACUACGUCCCACGGAAGAUGUGGCUAGUCUGGUCGUUUUUGAUACUCAGUGUCUGUUUUGCAGUUCUCGGAGGUGUUCUUGUACGCACUGAGUUCCAAGGUGGCCAUUGGGCGGCUGUGGUUAUCUAUGCUAUUUGCCAAUUCUUUUUCAAUCUUGGACCUAACACUCUAACAUAUAUCAUAUCUGCUGAAAUCUUCCCAACAAGGUUCCGGGCUACUUGUCAUGGUAUAUCUGCUGCCUGUGGGAAGAUUGGCGCCAUAAUUAUCCUUCUUAUAACAGAGAAAGCACUACCCAGCAAUGAUACUAAGGCCCUCAAUCAACUUUUGGCUUCAUUUUCAGUUCCUCUAGCCUUGGCGGCACUAUUCGCAUGGGUGUGGAUCCCUGAGCUACAAUUGGCGCCUACCGAGCCUCCACGCACUUUACAUCUGCCCAAACUGCCAAACAAGAGCUUAGAGCGUUUGGCGAAAGGGUGGCAGUAUGCCAAUGGAAACCACCAGACUUAUAAUCCUUCGACUGGAUUUCAAGGCGGUGAGGACCAGCGAUUGGACUUCAGGAAGAGAUUCAGUGACUUAUGGUAUCGGAUGACAAAAGGCGGGCAAAGGCACGCGCUGGGACAGUGUACUUACCCUAAGCUGCCCACAGAGCUAACCAGGCCAGCCAAUUCUGAAGGAGAUAUCCACACACAAGCUGGGGUAAGCAUGUCUAGUUAGUAUCAUGAGAACGCUAGUUAUGUUGUUCUAUAUUUUUGGUCUAUUACAGGUAUCAUAAAAUAUACGUAAAACAAUAUGCUAGACAUAGUUACAAU